UCUCUGCUUGUUUGGCGCAGGAACGACGGAGCGCGUGUGCCUGAUCCAGGGCACCGUGGAGGCCCUGAACGGGGUCCAUGACUUCAUCGCGGAGAAGGUGCGCGAGAUGCCACAGAGCAGCCAGAAGUCUGAGCCCGUCAGCAUCCUGCAGCCUCAGACCACCGUCAACCCCGACCGCAUCAAACAGGCCAAGCUCAUCGUCCCCAACAGCACGGCGGGGCUGAUCAUCGGCAAGGGCGGGGCCACGGUGAAGGCGGUGAUGGAGCAGUCGGGCGCGUGGGUGCAGCUCUCCCAGAAGCCCGAGGGCAUCAACCUGCAGGAGCGCGUGGUCACCAUCAGCGGCGAGCCCGAGCAGAACCGCAAGGCGGUGGAGAUCAUCGUGCAGAAGAUCCAGGAGGACCCCCAGAGCUCGUCCUGCCUCAACAUCUCCUACUCCAACAUCUCCGGCCCCGUGGCCAACUCCAACCCCACCGGCUCCCCGUACGCCAACUCGGCCGAGGUCAUGCCCUCCGCCGCCGCCGCCGCCGCCGCCACCGCCUCCUCCCUGCUGGGCCAGGCCAGCCUGACGGGAAUGGGCACCUUCCCCACGGCCAUGUCCAGCUUCUCGGGCAACGACCUGCUGGCCAUCACCUCCGCCCUCAACACCCUGGCCAGCUACGGCUACAACACCAACUCCCUGGGGCUGGGGCUCAACCCCGCCGCCGCCACCGGAGUGCUCGCCGCCGUGGCCGCCAACGCUAACCCAGCCGCCGCCGCCGCCGCUAACUUGUUAGCGUCCUACGCCAACGACGCCUCCGGCGGUGGGGGCCAUCCCGGGGCCCUCGGAGGCUUCUCCCUGGGGUCCCUGGCCGCCGCCACCGGCGCGACCAACGGCUACCUGAGCGCGGCGUCGCCGCUGACGGUGUCCUCGCUCAUGGCUCAGGAGAAGCUAGGGGAAGGCGCCAAGGAGGUGGUGGAGAUCGCCGUACCGGAGAACCUGGUGGGAGCCAUCCUGGGGAAGGGCGGGAAGACGCUAGUGGAGUACCAGGAGCUGACCGGCGCCCGCAUCCAGAUCUCCAAGAAGGGCGAGUUCAUCCCCGGCACGCGCAACAGGAAGGUGACCAUCACGGGCUCCCAGGCCGCCACCCAGGCAGCGCAGUACCUGAUCAGCCAGCGAAUCACCUACGAGCAGGGGGUACGCGCCACCAACCCACAGAAGGUGGGCUAAACCUGACAUCCAAUGAGGAACAAGGAGGAAAAAGAGGAAAAAGUGGGGGCUCGGGGGAGGAAUAUAAGGAAGGAGAGAGAGAGAGAGAGAAAGGGAGAAAAAAAUGUCCGAAUGUCGCAGGAAUCUACGCGUUUUCUUCAGCGUGUUUUCAGUAUUCUCUAUAAAAAAAAAGUUUUUGACCCGGAGGGGGAAAAAAAUGGCGAGAAGACGAGGAAGGAGAGGAGCGAGUAUCACGCUGAAAAACCAAGAAAAAAAAAAGGUGUAAAAUGUAAAUAAGGUUUUAUUACUUACCGUCUUGAUCUAUGGGGAUUUUUUUAUCGUUUUGUUUUUCCGUUUUCGUAAAUGAAGCCGUCCGUCUGUCUGUCUGUCUGUGUAUUGUGCGGACAGAGAUGAAGCCCAUGUAGACCGGCGGGCCGCCCAGGGGGCUGUGGGAGAUUGGGGGAGGGGGGAGAGGGUGAGGGCUGGGGUUCAGGGGUACCGCCGCCCCCCUACCCUACCCCUGCCCAGCGCUCCACCCAAACAACCCUAUCACGGUCCUCCCUCCCCCCCAAACACACACACACACACACACACACACACACUUGUUUAUCGCCCACCAAAAAAGGUUUUUUUUUAUGUUCUAGAGUUGAUUCACCCCUUAGGCCCUGCCCCUCCAAC